GGGGGGAGUUGCUGCACAGUAUAUAUAUCCACCCGGGAGUGACCAAGAAGGCAGCAGAUUCAUCCAAGGAACAGCUUUACCCGCAUCUCACCGACACAAAUCAUGGGUGACGCAAACAAGGGCAAGAAGAUCUUUGUACAGAGGUGUGCGCAGUGUCACACUGUGGAGGCUGGCGGCAAGCACAAGACUGGCCCUAACCUUAGUGGUCUUGUUGGCCGCCAGACUGGACAAGCUCCGGGUUAUGUGUACACCGACGCCAACAAAGCCAAGGGUAUUACUUGGAAUACUGAGACUUUAGAUGUUUACCUUACCAACCCAAAGAAGUAUAUCCCAGGUACCAAGAUGGUGUUCGCCGGCCUCAAGAAGAAGAACGAACGCGCUGACUUGAUCGCCUACCUGGAGGAGUCCACCAAGUAAUGCUGGUCUUCUAUUUGAUCUCACCAACUGUGUUUGAAAAUUCUGUUCGCGUAGCCUAGGACCAAGGGCCACUGUCCGCCCGCCCACCAGCUGAGGUAGGGCGUACGGCGGUGACACUAGGGGGGGGGGGGGCGCUUCAGUCUCACUUGCUCAUUAACCUCUACUGCCCCUCUGAUGCUGGGCCUUUACCACGAGGAUUCAGGGCGCAAUGUAUCCCCGUGAAAGCUUGGCAGGUAGAUGUGCGGGAGUAAGUGAUGUGGAGAGUGAGCCGACAGGCCUCCCCCUGCUGCUGAUCAUCAUCAUGUGUAUAAAUCAUGUUAAAUCACCUCGUUAUCAUCGUUCAUCCGGAUGGGUUCUUGAAGUCACUCAACGAAAUAAACAAUAUAUUUAGU